AUGGCUGUUGUGCUGGAUGCUUUUGCGUCCUACUUGCAGAGCAUGGUGGCAGAGAUGGCGAGAGAAGAGAUGCGCAUGCUGCUGGGAGUGUCCGGCGAGAUCACCAGGCUGGGCGUCAGGCUCGGAGACCUCAAGAAGUUCCUCGCCGACGCCGACAGGAGGAACAUCAGCGACCGGAGCGUGCAGGGGUGGGUGAGCGAGCUCAGGGAUGCCAUGUACGACGCCGUCGACAUCCUCGACCUCUGCCACCUCAGGGCCAUGGAGCGCGGCAAGGCGGCGGCUGGAUCCUGCUGCAACCCGCUGCUCUUCUGCCUCCGGGACCCCCUCUUCGCCCACGACGUCGGUGGCAGCAUCAGGGCGCUCAACCGGAGGCUGGACCACAUCAAGACGAGGAGUGCUCACUUCAGCUUCGUCAACCUCGUCUCUUACACCAAAGCUAGCAGCAGCAAGUCUCGCCCAGGCCCAGCUCCCAACCGCGAGACGACGGGGGAGCCUGUCCGGUCGGGUGUGGUCGGGGACAAGAUCAGAGAGGACACCAGAGAACUUGUCGAGAUGCUGAUAGAAAAGCCGGCGAGCAGUGAAAUCACGGUGGUCGCCAUCGUCGGCGUCGGAGGGAUCGGCAAGACCACCCUCGCCCGGGAGAUCUACAACCACGACACCGUCAGGGACAAGUUCGACAAGAGGAUAUGGCUGAGCGUCAACCAGGACUGGGACAAGCUUGAGCUGCUCCGGAACGCCAUCACCCUCGCCGGCGGAGACCACCGCGGUGAGAAAGCAAUGGCCGUGCUCUGGCCAAUCCUUACUGCCGCAUUGGACGGGAAGAGGUUCUUGCUGGUCAUGGAUGAUGUGUGGAGCCAGAGGGCAUGGGAGGAUGUGCUUGAAACGCCAUUGUCCAAUGCUGCUGCGCCUGGAGGAGGUUCCUACAGCCGAAUCAUCAUCACCACAAGAGAUGAACGAGUCGCUCGAGCCAUGAAAGCAUUGCAGCCCUACCACCACGUCCACAAACUUGGGCCUCAUGAUGCCUGGUCAUUACUCAAGAACCAGGUUGUCUCAAAUGAGAAGGAUGAAGCUGAUAUUGAUAUGCUACAGGAUGUCGGGAUGGAAAUCAUAGCAAAAUGUGAUGGCUUGCCACUUGCAGUCAAAGUGAUGGGAGGACUCUUGUGUCAGAAAGAGAGAAGUCGAAAGGACUGGGAGAAUGUCCUGAAUGAUUCUGCAUGGUCGAUUGUUGGAAUGCCGGAAGAGCUUAACUAUGCUGUAUACCUGAGCUAUGAAGAUCUCUCACCCUGUCUGAAGCAAUGCUUUCUGCACUACUCCCUUCUCCCCAAGAACAUAGUGUUUGGCUAUGAUAUAAUUGUUGGCAUGUGGGUCAGUGAAGGAUUUGUUCAUGGAAGCCCAUCAGAUGAAUUAGAAGAAUCAGGAAGGCAGUAUUACAAGGAGUUGAUCGCGAGGAACCUCAUAGAACCAGACAAAGAGUUCAUUGACCAAUAUCAUUGCACCAUGCACGAUGUCGUUCGCUCAUUUGCACAGCGUCUGUUGGGAGAUGAAGCACUAGUAGCUCACACCGGAGAGGUCGGUAUAAUUAGCCAGCUCAAUUCAGAAAAGUUUCGUCGGCUGUGUAUAGAAAGCAGAGGAUCCGAAUCAGGUGAGUUGCAGUGGAGCAUGCUGCAAGAGCAGACAUCACUGAGAACACUGAUAGCAAUCGGGCAACUCAAGGUUAAUCCCGGGGAUUCUUUUAUCUCCUUUUCAAGCCUACGGACACUGCAUAUACAAUCAGCAAAUGUUUCUGCACUGGUUGACACACUUUAUCAACUGAAACACUUGAGGUAUUUGUCCAUUCGGUACUCUGAUAUAUCGAGACUACCAGAAAACAUCGGCAAGAUGAUGUUUUUGCAGCUUAUUAGCCUCAGAGGAUGUGAAAAUGUGAAGGAACUUCCUGACAGCAUUGUAAAGCUUGGGCAGCUGCGAUAUCUUAGCCUGACUGGCACGAGUGUAGAUGCAGGCAUACCUAGAGGGUUCUGUGGCCUCUCAAAUCUGAGGAAACUGUAUGGUUUUCCAGCUCACAUGCGUGGUGAUUGGUGUAGCUUGGAAGAGUUAGGCCCUCUUUCCCAGCUCAGGGAUCUUGCAAUAAAGAAUCUCGAGAAUGUAUCAUCAGCUUCGUUUGCGACAAUGGCGAUGCUAGGUUACAAGAAGCACCUCACCUACUUGACGCUGGGAUGCAGAAGCAGACUGGACGACGACGGAUUGGUCAUCGAGGAAAGAAGAGCCUCUGAGGAAGAGAAGAGACGAAUCGAGGAGGUGUUUGAUGAGCUCUGUCCUCCGUCCUGCGUAGAGACACUCGACAUCGGGGGAUACUUCGGGCAGCGGCUGCCGAGGUGGAUGACGUCGUCGGCGGCGCUCAGGUUCCUCAGGUUCCUGACGAUGGAUGACCUUGCCAUGUGUGCCCAGCUCCCUGAUGGUCUCUGCCAGCUCCCCUGCUUGCAGCUCCUGCAGGUUGACCGGGCUCCGGCUAUCAAGAAAGUAGGGCAUGAUUUCCUGCAGCCCUGCCGACGUCUCCGUGCAGCUCAGACGACAGACGCAGCAUUUCCCAGGUUGCAAAGACUGGAGCUGAUCGGAAUGGCAGAAUGGGAGGAAUGGGAGUGGGAGGAGCGAGCUGAUGUGCAAGCCAUGCCUGUUCUUGAGCUGCUACUGCUCAACAGGUGCAAGCUGAGGUGCCUUCCUCCAGGCCUCGCCUUCCAUGCGAGGGCUCUCAAGAAGCUUCACCUGUACGAGGUCCAGCACCUGAGCUCUCUGGAGAGCUUGCCUUCCAUCGUUGAGCUCGAUGUGUUUCACAACCCAAACCUGGAGAGGAUCACCGACCUCUGCAGGCUGCAGAAGCUCACCAUUGUCAAGUGCCCAAAGAUGCAACUGCUGCAUGGUGUGCCUGCAAUUCAGAGGCUUUGCUUGGAGGAUUACAGCAUGGAGACUCUCCCAGAUUACUUGGAAAGUGUAAGUCCCAGGCAUCUUCUGCUUGACUGCAGCCUCGCACUGCUCGCUUCCAUUGCCACAGGAGAAUCUUGCUCUGAGUUGGGCAAGUUGAGCCAUAUCCAACACGUAAAUGCACAUGCGCGUGAAGGGAACAACCCCAGGAAAUGGUACGCGCUAUACACACGAGAACCCAACAGAUUUGAGACCAAUAUCGUCAACUGCUCUUCAAUACCUACAGGUUAUGAAGAGGAACAGCAGUUAGAGACAAAAACGCCCUGUCAAGCCAGAAAGAAAGUGAGCAGACGAAGAGAUGGAGGAAAGGCUGCACAUUGAGGGCCCCUGUUUUGAAGGAGGGGUAUUUCUUCGACAAUGUCACGGGUAAAAGCAUAUUGCAAUAUCGAUCAAUGGAUCUUAAAAAUUGAAGGCGUUAUACUGAAAAUAUAUGCAUGUAAGAAUGAAGAGGGAAAUUUUCAGCUGCUCAGAAUCCAAGUGUCAUCCGUAUUUUGCGUACAUGUGGAAUGUGGCGUGGGGACAAUACAUACAUAGGGGACAAAACUGCAGAUGUAAACAGAACUUCACCCACAUGUAUAUAGUUGAUCUGGAACUAUAACCAUAU